CUCUCAUCUUCCUAAUAUAGGAUACUUUUUUGUGUUUGUUUCCUUAGCUUCUUUGAUCAAUAUAACUCACUAGAGCUCUCGUCAAACUCUCAACCCCUUAAUGGAUGAGGAGAUCGAUAUUCCUCCGUUCUUCCUUUGCCCCAUCUCUCUAGAGAUCAUGAAAGAUCCGGUGAUAGUCUGUACCGGAAUAACCUACGACAGAGACAGCAUCGAGAAAUGGCUCUUUUCAGCAAAGAAGAGCUCGUGCCCGGUUACCAAACAAGACAUAACCGACGUAGAUCUCACCCCGAACCACACUCUUCGCCGUUUGAUCCAGUCUUGGUGCACUUUAAACGCAUCCUACGGCAUAGAGAGGAUCCCCACCCCGAAAUCUCCGAUCUCUAAAACUGAGAUCGAAAAGCUCAUACAAGAUUCAGCCUCUUCUCAUCAAAACAAGGUCAAGUGCCUCCAACGACUUCGUCAGAUUGUGUCCGAGAACACUGCAAACAAGAGGUGUCUGGAGGCGGCGGGAGUACCGGAGUUCCUGGCCACCAUCGUAAGCAACAACGGGCUUGACUCUUCGAUGAGUUUGACCGACGAAGCCCUCAGCUUACUCUACCAUCUCGACGCUUCAGAGACAGUCCUCAAGAAUCUUUUAAACAACAAGAAAGGUAACGAUAUUGUGAACUCGUUGAUGAAGAUCAUGCAGCUAGGGAUCUACGAGUCAAGAGCCUAUGCGACUUUGCUUCUAAAAAAUAUUCUUGAAGUAGCGGAUCCAAUGCAGAUUAUGACUUUGAAGCCAGCGGUUUUCAAUGAGGUCGUCCAGAUCUUAGACGACCGGAUCUCGCACAAGGCCACGAAAGCGGCGAUGCAUAUAUUGGUGAACGUAUGUCCAUGGGGAAGGAACAGACACAAGGCCGUGGAAGCUGGAGCGAUCUCUAUGAUAAUAGAGCGUCUCAUGGACGAGAGUUUCACAUCAGAUAGGAGAGGUCCUGAGAUGGCGAUGGUUGUUCUUGAUAUAUUGUGUCAGUGUGCGGAGGGACGAGCUGAGUUCUUGAACCACGGAGCAGCCAUAGCAGUGGUGUGCAAGAAGAUACUUAGGGUUUCUCAGACAACAAGCGAUAGAGCUGUUAGGGUUUUGUAUUCGGUUGGGAGGUUCUGUGCGACGCCGGCUUUGUUAAACGAGAUGUUACAGUUGGGGGUUGUAGCAAAGUUGUGUCUUGUGCUUCAGGUUAGCUGUGGAAGUAAGACUAAAGAGAAGGCAAAGGAGUUGCUUAAGUUGCACGCUAGAGUUUGGAAGGACUCGCCUUGUCUCACAAGGAACAUGAUUCUUGCGUAUCCCUCGUGAUGAAAAACCAAGUACGCAUCGUACAGUCAUACACACGAGUCUGAUUCUCAACAAGUACGAACGCUUAUAUGGUAAUUAUUCUUCAUAAGUUUGUUGGAAUCAAACCUAUAUUUUUGGUUUUCUUUUUAUACUUUUGAUGUUCAAGAUGUAGAUAAUAGAGGGAAUUGAUCAUCAAAAUAUUCUUAAUAAAAAUUGCAAUGAUAUGAAUGAAAUUACAUGUUACAUGCAUAUUCCCACUUGUUCAAUAUUGUGAAAACGCUUCUAUUUGUCGCAUGGAGGUUUUAAUAUAUCCUACCCCAUUAUUAUAAGUUUUCGACUACAAUAAUUUCCUAGUGGCUA